CUGGUGCCGGCUGUAGUGGCAGCAUCGGCUGUGCCGCCCGCCCGCCCGCCGCCAUGCGGCGCUCCCUGCUCUCGCUGCACGGCCGGACGCGAUAGCCGGGUGGACGGCAAAGAAACACUGGCUCUCGGUUACCGGCCCGGCCGCCGACAGGGCGGAGAGCACCGGGAACCGCAGCUCCGCGGGGAACCGCAGCUCCUCACCGCGGAGCUCCCGCCCGUCUCAGGAUGUGGAAGCUGGUGCCCGCCGCAGGACCAGGAGAGCCAUUUCGACUUUUAGUUGGUACCGAAUAUGUUGUUGGGCGCAAAAAUUGUGCUAUUUUAAUUCAGGAUGAUCAAUCAAUCAGUCGAAGUCAUGCAGUUCUGACAGUAAGUCAGCCUGAAACAACCCAUAGCCAGUCUGUUUCAGUCCCUGUGUUAACAAUCAAAGACACCUCCAAGUAUGGUACUUCUGUUAAUGGGUCAAAAUUGAGUGGCACUUCAAGGACUUUGCAGUCUGGUGACAGAGUAAAUUUUGGAGUCUUUGAGAGCAAGUUUAGAGUGGAAUAUGAAUCUUUAGUCGUCUGCUCCUCAUGUUUAGAUGUUGCUCAGAAAACUGCUUUAAAUGAAGCCAUCCAGCAGCUCGGAGGUAUUGUUGUGAAUGAAUGGACAAAAGAAUGCACUCACCUUAUAAUGGCAUCAGUAAAAGUUACUGUUAAGACAAUAUGUGCUUUGAUUUGUGGACGACCAAUUGUAAAACCAGAGUUUUUUAAUGAAUUAAUGAAAGCUGUUCAGUCCAGGCAACAAUUGCCAACUCCUGAAAACUUUUAUCCUUCAGUUGAUGAGCCUUCCAUUGGUAUUGAUAACAUGGAUUUAACUGGACGUCCUGAAAGGAAAAAAAUAUUCAGUGGAAAAACUUUUGUAUUUCUGACUGCCAAGCAGCACAAGAAACUGGGUCCAGCAGUUGUUCUUGGAGGAGGAGAAGCAAAACUGAUGACGGAGGGAAGAAAAGAAACUUCUUUACUGGUUUCUCCUGAAGUUUGUGUUGUUGAUGUUGGGAUGACAAACUCUCAGAUCCUAGGAUCUGAGUCCAUGAGAAACUGGACUGAUUCCAUUCUGACUGUCUUGGAAAGCAACAAUCUCAGGGCUAUUCCUGAAGCAGAAAUUGGAUUGGCAGUUAUCUUCAUGUCUACAGAAAGAUACUGCAACCCUCAGAGGCAGCCUGAUAACAAAGCUGUAACUGCAAAUGCUGCAUCAGGAGCGGGGCCAGCCAUUUCUCAGAGCUUGGCUGUGGAUGAAACAAUAAUGCCAACAGCUGCUGCAGAUAACAGUGCAUUAUAUGUAGCUGAUACAGAAAUUGAAGAGCAGACAUGUAUGGAGAUAGAAAAUAAGACUUCCCAGACAAAGAGGAGGGAAAAAGGGGCUUUCCAGCAAACUUCUGUAAAAGAGAACCCUAGCACAAGUGGCACUACAAAUACAGGAACAUUGAUAUCUAAAGUGAACAGAACAUCUGGGUUUAGUCAAAAAAAUCAUCCAGCAUCUCCAUCUAAAAUUUUGGAAGGAGAUAAACCUAGAGAGUGCACUCCACGUCAGCAGUCUAAUUCAAUUACAAAUUACUUCCAUGUUGCUAGGAAAAGGGAAAGAGCUGAAGAAGGAGAAGAAACAUCUGUACCCAAACUAGCAAAACUGGAGAAAAGGCCGUUGCUGGUUUCCAAGUGCACUGAAUCCUCAGCUUCAUCAACGUGGGACAGUGAAAAAGAACAGCAUCGAAAGGGAAAUAACAUCCAGCUUGGAAGGGAAACUAGUGAAAUAGCAAGUGAUAAAACUGACACUAAAAUUACUUUUAGUGAAAAUCCUGCACCAAAGAAAAGAAAGGAGUUAGGUGAUGUAUCUGAAGAUUUAGAGACACUAGAGAUGGUGUUUGAAAGCAGAGACUUAGACUGGGAAGAGCAAACAGCAAAUGGUGACCAGGAAGCUCAAAGCAAUAAACGAAAGAGGAGAUGUCUGGAAACCAAAGGCAGCAGAACAGAAGAAGGAAAUACAAAGCAGAGAGAGGAGAAUGAAAUGUUGAGAAAAGAUGAAGUUGGAUCAGUUCUGACUCUGGAAGAGAAAAGUGAGAUCAAGGAAGAAUCAUCGGUCUCAGUAAGAAACAAAUUUAUUAACCACAACAAAUUUGAAGAUGACUCCAGCCAUCUUCCUAGCAAACUUCUGUUGACUGAGUUUCGAUCACUGGUUGUCAGCUGUCCAAGACCAAACAGCCCGACUAUUAGAAAUACCAAAUGCAGGGGACAGAACAAUUUCAAAACGUUCAGAAAGGUCCCUUAUCCAGGGGCUGGGCAACUUCCAUACAUUAUUGGAGGAUCAGAUUUGGUUGCUCACCAAACUAGAAAGAAUUCAGAACUAGAAGAAUGGUUAAGAGAAGAAUUGGAGGAACAGAAUCGACGUGCCAGAGAAGAAUCGCUUGCUGAUGAUCUCUUUAGGUAUGAUCCUAACGUGAAAAGGAGAAGAUAAAUUGUGACCUGAAUUUACAGCAGUUCUGUAUCAAAAUAUGCUUUCUGCUCCACUGAUGUGUUUGCUGGUUACAGCAUGUAAU